AAACAAAACGCGGAUUCCCGCCUUCCCUCAAGUGCCAUGCGAAACGAAGGAGUGGCGGAGGCAGAGGCGGAGGUGGAGGCGCUGCCUUGGGAAGACGCUAUCGACGUCGACGACUCCGAUCUCUUCCCUCUUCUUGCACCUUCUUCCUCCUCUUCACAUCCCCGAACUAUCUGCUCCCCUCAGAUCCCACUUCUCCGGUCCUGCUCCCAAUUCCCUCGCCCUCUUUCUCAACCCGUCGCCGCCACUCCUCGCCAUCCUCCUUCUCCGACUCUGUCCUCAGAGGGUCCUCCUCCUUCCUCUUCCCGCAUCAUCCCCGGCCCCGCGGGCGCUGUUCAGGUUGCUAUGCGCCGUCAGUCCGCCGCCGAUGCCGCCCGGCGAGAAGGCCUGCUUUCGAGAGGAGAAAGGAGUAAUCAUGGGAGGGAGUUAGAAGCCGAAGAGGAAGAUGGGGAUUUCAGGGUCAGCCCUUGGCUGCGCGCGUUGGAGUUCCUUGGGGGCGAUCGUGAGCUUGUGUGGAGGAUCGACUCGAUCAAGACUCGGGCUGCCCAUCGCGUGCCGCAGGUCGUAGGAAUCGUCACGUCCUGCACGCCCAAUGGGCUGGGCGAUCUAUUUCUCACUCUGAAGGACCCCACAGGCUCGAUUGGAGCUUUUGUCCAUCACGGAGUCCUCUCGGAUUGUAAUCUUGGUGGCGAUAUAUCGGUUGGCUGCGUCCUCAUUCUCAAGCAGGUGGUUGUUUUCUGUCCGGCUCACUCUAUUCAUUUGAAUGUUACGUCAAAGAAUGUGGUGAAGCUUAUUAGAAAGGAUUGUACGUCACCUCCAAUACUACCAUUAAAUAAAAGCAGAGGUCAUAAUAUGGAAUCUGGUUUUGGGACAUCAGGAUUAGAAACAUCCUAUCUGAAUUCAACUAAAACUAUUUUAGAUGACCCUAGUAAAUUGGAAUAUGACAAUAGAGCGACAAUGGCUAAUCUGAAUAAAGUUGUUGCUGGAGGCCUGUCAUCUGAACCCCGUGCCACAGUUUGCAACAAAAGAGCUGCUGACUGGACUGACUUAGAGUUCAUGGAAUCGGGAAAUCAGUUAGCAGCUGGAGAAUGUGAUCCGAGGCCUAAAUUGGAUUGCCAUGAAGAAAUGAGGAAAACUCUAAAUUUGCAAAGCACAACAGUGGGGAUUGAUAAGUGUGCAACAACUUUACCUUGUAGGAUUCAGACUGCAGAUGUUACUACCUUGUUAUCCUGUGAGCAGUUAUAUUCUCUUCCAAACAAUACAAGCGUAGCAGUUGCAGAAGCAGCAGUGCCACUGACAGCGCACAAAUCUUAUACUGAUAAGGAAAAAAGAAAUAUGAACAGUGGAAAGAUUACUGACAGUACCCAGACAGAUGCAGCUAAAAGAUAUAAAUGUGAUGACAUGCUUAAAACUACCACCUCAUCCUUCCCUGCCAAUUCUGGUCUUCGAACAACUGAAACUAAAAGAAUAAUCUCAGGAGUUUCUGUUGCACAAUGGACUGAUGAACAACUAUCAGAACUUUUUGCUGAUUAUACUGAUGAUGCCGAUUUAGUUAAUUUCGGUUUUUGAUUCACCAAAAAGGAAAUUGGUGCUUCUGAGUUAGUAUGCCUCUGAUAAAUGGUCACAUGGAUGUACAUAGCAACUUUUGCUCAAUCAAACCUCAGUGCACUUGCUGGUAAUGAACUCCCUAUUGACCUUACAUUUCAUGUCCCUUGCUUCAUCCCUGCCUCCGCGGUCGGAUGUAUUAUCUGGUUUACUUGCAUUCUUGUUUGAUGCUCUGCAAUGGUCAUCUACUUCGUCCAUUCCUUUUGACUCUUGCAUAUUUUUAUCUUGUUGUUUGUCAGUAGCUCAUGGUCCCGAUGGGCGACACUAUUUAGGCAGUGUCUUUUAUAGACAGCAUUUUCUUUGUUAGAUGAAGAUGUUGAAGAAUGUUAUAGUG